UUCGCUCACGGCUAGUGUUAGUGUAUAGACUAUCAGAAUGUCGCAGCCGAUCAAGCGCUCGUUCAGUUCUGAGGGAGGGGCGACGGCCAAGAGGGAUUGGAAGAUGCGGCUCAGUCUCCGCAGCCGCAGCGGACGUAGUGUUGAGCCGCCGCGUGGUCGACGCUGUGCGUCGCUACGAUCCGCGGCGACCGCCGGCCGCGACGACUCUGGCCGCAGCACGCCAUCCGCAGCCGCCCGGUCCUCCCCCUCGCCCGCAGACACACCGGCACCAAAGAAGUCCAACUGGGAAGUCAUCGAGCACUUCUCAUCCAGUCGCAGCAAGAAGAGCCCGACUGCCGUGGAAUCUGAUGGUGCUGGGCCGUCGUCGUCACCGGCGCUGCCGCUCUGUCCCGCCGGCCGGCCGGACGCAGAAGUCGAACCUCUGCUAAAUGACGAAGCGGGCGCCGAGGGCGCCGGGGCGGACGGUGCCGCCGCUGAAGACGCGGACACCGACGGGGGCUUCUGGGGCCGCUGGCUGCAGUACCUCCCUCCGCCCCUGCGCACUGUGUGCGCCUCACACCGAUUUGACAACCUCCAUGUGGAGAUGCUAUACCAGCGCUACUUCCUGCGUAUGAACCAGACCAACAUGACGCACCUGCUCGGGCUACUCCUGACCGUAACUUUGGCACUCAUGGUGGUGCAGAUACAGUCUCUACUCACCGCUCAGACUUACUUCAGAAACAUUUUGCCACCACCAAACUCCACUAUGACAUAUACCGUUGAACCAUACAAGCAAUAUCCAGUGACGGAGUUGUACCCUACUGUUGACGAACUAUACUACACACGAGACCGCCUUGCCCACAUCGUCAGCGUCAUCGUACUGGCGAUUGCCUCGCUCAUCUAUGGCUGUCUCAUCGCUUGCCUUAGCCGGCCGGCGAUGAACGAGAUAUAUCUGCUCACCAUAUCCUACGUUGUCUUGGGAACGUUUUUUCUUAUCGAACUGGCGCUUACUGGGACACUUGUUUAUAGAUCAUUGAGUGUGAGCUGUGGCACUUGCGUUCUGUUCAUUUACGUGACGUACGCCACGCUGCCCGUGCGCCUGCACGAGGCUGCUAUCGGUGGUUUCUGUUUCGCCGCCAUCAACAUCUUCGCACAACUCAUACUCAACGAAGCUACGAAAGCUCAGAUCUUUUGCAACCUGGUCGCAUUGGUGAUUAGCAACAUAGCGGGCAUCAUGACUCACUACCCGCGGGAGCUUGCCCAGCGACGGGCGUUCCUCGAGACCCGCGACUGCGUCGAGGCCCGACUCGUCACACAGCGCGAAAACCAACAACAGGAACGUCUAUUGCUGUCGGUACUGCCGCGACAUGUUGCAAUGGAGAUGAAAGCGGACAUUGCCAACCAACCUAGGCAGGAACAAUUCCACAAGAUCUACAUACAACGUUACGAGAAUGUCAGCAUCCUGUUCGCUGACAUCUGCGGCUUCACCUCGCUGUCGGACCAAUGCACCGCCGAGGAGUUGGUGCGACUGCUUAACGAGCUCUUCGCCCGUUUCGACCGGUUGGCUGCUGAACACCAUUGCCUCCGCAUCAAGCUCCUUGGCGACUGCUACUACUGCGUGUCGGGGCUGCCGGAGGCGCGCGACGACCACGCCAAGUGCUGCGUCGAAAUGGGCCUCGACAUGAUUGAUGCCAUUGCUCUGGUCCGCGAAGUGACCGGUGUGAACGUGAACAUGCGCGUGGGAAUCCACACGGGGCGGGUGCACUGCGUCGUGCUGGGUCUCCGCAAGUGGCAGUUCGACGUCUGGUCCAAUGACGUCACCCUCGCCAACUACAUGGAGAGCGGCGGCGUUGCGGGACGCGUGCACAUCACUCGCGAGACCCUGCAGUGCCUCGGCGAUGACUACCGAGUGGAGCCAGGCCACGGCGACCAGAGGAACGUCUACCUCAAGGACCACAACAUCGAGACCUUCCUCAUCGUACCUGACGAUACUAGCCGAGUGGACACAAAGCCAGCGCACUCGACAGCCAUCAACGGCAAUGUAUCGAAGGAAAUGCGCGUCAUGGGCCACGGAUCUCAACAUGGAAAACAUUCAUCGAAGAUUGAUACAAGCAAUGAAAACAAGAAACCCGAGGACGAAGUGAACGAGUACCUGAUGAAAGCGAUCGACGCGCGUUCCAUCGACCGUCUGCGCGCCGAGCACUGUCAGCCAUUCACUCUCAUCUUCCGCGACGGAAACCUAGAAUGCAAGUACACCAAUGAACCCGACCGAAUGCUGAAGGUAUAUUUCAUAUGCACCGUCGUCGUCUACGUCGCUAUUGUGAUAAUUCAACUUUUUAUCUUCGGCCUCACUCCGAUCGUUAUUACAACCAUCGCUACUGGCUGCAUCAUCGUUGUCUCCUGCACGUAUCUCAUCCUCUGCAUCGAUUUCACUUGCGCCAGUCCCCGGACCAAGGAGGCCUCGCGCCGCGUCCACAGCAACCGCACAUUAGCCCAACUGAUAUCCUUUCUGAUUGUCAGUACCAUUGUUAUGCAGAUUCAAGUUAUCAUGGCAAUCGACGCGACCAUUCGCCACAACAUACAGCUGUACACAGCGCAGGAAGUUUAUUGCACCCAUGAUCUUAACGAGUACUACCUACAGUUGACCCUGAUAGCGAUGUUCGUGUGUGCCGUGCACCAAAUCCUGAUCACCAUGGUGAAGACCAUCCUCCUGGUGGUCACCUGCUUCACUUAUGUCGCCAUCACGGUGCACCAACAUAUCUACUUCGAAGGCAACUACCUCAACUACCAAAACAAAUGCAACGUCGACUGGAACCAGCAAUGGAUAAACAUCGUGACAGCUAUUGGAGCAACGGUCGCUCUCUUGCUUCACUCUCAGCAAACGGAAAGCACCUACCGCCUCGACUUCAUCUGGAAACUACAAGCCAAUGAGGAAAAGGAAGAUAUGGAACACCUGGAGGCGUACAACCGCAAGUUGUUGGCAAACAUCUUGCCCGAGCAUGUUGCCCAGCACUUCCUGUGCAGCGACAAGAACAUCGAUGAAUUGUAUCACGAGCAGUGCGAGUCAGUGUGCGUUAUGUUCGCUUCGAUCCCGAACUUUUCUGAAUUCUACGUGGAGCUCGAGGGCAACAACGAAGGCGUAGAAUGUCUUCGUCUCCUGAACGAGAUCAUCGCCGACUUUGACGAGAUUCUAGCCGAGGAACGCUUCAGAUACAUCGAGAAGAUCAAAAGUACCGGCGCAACUUACAUGGCCGCCUCAGGUCUGACGGCAGCCACCUGCGACCUAGUCGGCUACAAGCACGUGACUGCGAUGGCUGACUACGCGCUGCGCCUCCGCGACCAACUGCAGUACGUCAACGAGCAUUCUUUCAACAGCUUCCGCAUCCGGAUAGGCAUCAACAUCGGGGCCGUAGUGGCUGGGGUAAUUGGAGCGCGCAAGCCGCAAUACGACAUCUGGGGCAAUGCCGUCAACGUCGCCUCUCGAAUGGACUCCACCGGGAUACCAGAUCACAUACAGGUAACGCAAGAGGUUUAUGACAUUCUGUCUACCCGCGGCUACCGCCUGCGCUGCCGCGGCAACGUCGACGUCAAGGGCAAAGGCAACAUGGUCACUUUCUUCCUAGAGGGGAUCGGUGACACGAUCGCACCAACCAUCUCUGAUCUCUACUCGAAUCCAAUACCAUCAACUUCGUCUGAUCGCAACGGCGGGAGUGGUGCCGGCGCAGUGGUGGCGCGCUGCGAGCCACGCCGCGCCGAGCUCGACACUCUCUCUGAAGACUGCACCGACGAGGACGGUGGGCCCUCGCCUCGAGCGUCCAUCCCGCGAGACAACGCAGACGGGUCAUCGAGCUUGCAGCUGUCUUACGAUGAAUCGUCGUCCCGGGAGAGCAUGGCGAGCGCGGUGCGCGCGCGCGUGCAACAGCGUCUGCAGCGACCGCUCUCCCUCGUGGACGAGCCCAGCCUGCCCGCACUCCUCUCCAUCAUCAAAUCAAAGGCAUACUCAACGGAAUUCGACAGCGCUUUCUUCCAGGACGAAACGACCCAUGAAAAUUCACCACUCGCCCAAAUCAAAAAGCGAGUUUCGGAAUCUGAAAACAUUGACAAAGUCGAGAUAAUAGUUGGUAGGCAAGGGCCGCGCCGCGUGGUCAGCAUGGCUGAUGUUGUCUUUAAGAGGCAUCGUCCGACAACGAACGCCGCUCCGGUCAACAUCAUUGAGAAUCCAAUGAAUGCACUGUAAAUAUAUCGGUUAAUGUUUUCUUUCUAGCAAUCUCUAAUGUUAAAAUCGAACAACCUUAUCUUUAACAAUAUAUGUAUUGUAAAUAGGUUAAUGCUAAACUAAUGUAUAUACAUCAUUGACUGACUUCCCACUUAACA